AUGUCUCACCAACCAAGCCCCAGCAUGCCUACCCGAGUCUCUGUCCACGCAAUCGAGCCUCACCCAGUCGUGGCCCAUCUCGAGGCCAUGGCUGAGAGCACAGAUCUCCAGACUAGCACACAGAACACGCCCACCCUCGACGAGGUCCAGACCGUCAUUGCAAAGUACAAGCGCGUGGUCCGAGAAUUCGGCAACAGCGGCCAGCAGCAGCAGCAGCAGCAGGGCGAGAUGAGAAUCCCCGUGAUCCCCGAGACCUUCGAGUCCGAGCGGACCACCGUCGACGUGCUCCAGUACUACGACCAGAUGGCGCACCAGGUCCGGCGUUACACCCUUGCCUACACCGACUUCCAGUUCGACUCCUUUGUCCGCCGCUUCGCCGCCCGCUUCCACAUGGUGGGCGCGAGCCACCAGCCCUCCGUCAGCAACAACUUCAAGGACAUUGCGACUGUCGGCGCCCUGGCCCUGCAGGCCGGCAGGCCCGAUGUGCUCGCGCACUUCGCGGCCGACAUUGAGCACGUCUGUGAGAUGCGCGCUAUGGCCAUGGACGAUUGGCUUGACGAGGAGAUUGCACAGCUCCGCGCCUCGCCUCUCGGCCAGCUCAUUUUGCAUGGCCGCCAGGGCGGUAUCCAGGCUACUCCCGUCGACCAGGAUGAGGAAGAGCAGGCUGAGCAGGACGCGGGCAAUGCUGAUGAGCAUGUCUAA